CAGUCUAACGGCCGGCGAGUCAUCACUCGUUCUUAGGACUCGGUCUGGUGUGCUUGGGCCAACGUCAGGACACUUUUUUGUGGGGGGAAACACUUGAGAGUGCGCGUGUGUACCCGAUGUGCUUGACUCUCUAGAAUUAUGUCGCGGAGGAAGCAAGCUCGACCCAUCAAGGUUCUGGAAGAAGGAGGCCUUCCGAUACCCACCCUUCCUAAUGGAGAGAGCUGCUCGGGGUCUGACGACGAAGCUGGUAGUGCACAAGUCGUAUGUCCACAUUGCCAGACGGAGUUUCAAAAUUACGGGGAAUUGGCCGAGCACGGUAAAGAAUGUGCGGGGAAAUCUUGUCCCACACCCACCUCGAUAGCCUCCGAAGACGAAUACGACGGGGAAAAACAACAAGAAGAAGCGAGACGUCAGCGACAGGACGCGGAAAAUAAUAACAGUGUCGAGGAAGACGAGGGUGAAGUCGGUUUCCCCCUCGGCCAUGUCACACUGGAGGCCCUUCAAAAUACCAAAGUGGCCGUGGCGCAAUUUGCCGCUACGGCGAUGGCGAAUAACGCCGACAACCCGGCCGCUCUUCAGGAAUUGGCCGUCUUGCAGUCCACACUGUAUACGUUGCAACACCAACAAAUGAUGCAACUAAAUCUCAUACAACAACUUCAGCAACAAUUGCAGAUAACACGGCCGAAAGAGGGCAGUCCUUCCUCCCCUCCUCCUCAGAGUGGUCCAAGUAGAACUCCUACUCCCGUGCGUCAAGACGUUCCACCAACUCCGCCUACGUCCCAAUCGCUUCCUCCCAGUCAAUCGACGCCGGCUCCUCCCAAGGCGGAAUCGUCGCCUCCGAUGCCUCCAGUUUCCUUGCCUCCUUGCUCGAUAUCGUCCUCGUUCGCCUCUUCCAUAAUUACAAACCUCGACCCUCCACCAUCUCCCAGUGAGCCGAAUACUCUGGAAAUGCUGCAAAAACGGGCUCAAGAGGUAUUAGACAACGCUAGCCAAGGUCUAUUGGCCAGUAACCUUGCUGACGAGCUAGCAUUCAGGAAAAACGGUGGGAAAGGAAGCCUUUCACCGUACGACUCCAAGACGGGAGGCAGGAACGAGCCGUUCUUCAAACAUAGAUGCCGUUAUUGCGGUAAAGUGUUUGGUAGCGACUCAGCCUUGCAGAUCCACAUCAGGUCUCACACAGGUGAGCGACCCUUCAAAUGCAAUGUUUGUGGCAGCCGAUUCACUACCAAGGGCAACCUUAAAGUGCACUUUCAACGCCACUCGGCCAAAUUUCCUCAUAUAAAAAUGAAUCCUAACCCAGUUCCCGAACAUUUAGACAAAUACCACCCUCCCCUCCUGGCUCAGAUGGGGGCUCACCAGAGCCUCCCUCCGGGGCCGCAUCCCCCCUACUCCGGAGGACCUCAAUUCCCUGCAGGCCUUCCUCUCUAUCGACCACCUCCACCUCACGAUCUCGUCUUACCUCCCCAACCCAGACCGCCUCACGAUACCUUGAACAAAACCAUCCUCCCUCUUCCGGUCUUCGGCCCCCAAGAGAUGCCGGAAAACCUCAGCAAAGCCUCCCCCGAUCGUUAUAAAGAGGAAGCCAGAACGGAUGAGACGGAAGAUGAGAGAUUGAGCCCAAAGCAGGAACCCAAACAGGAAACGGCGGAAAGCGAAAGAUAUCCAUCCCCUCCGCCGUACGAUGACUGCAGCCUCGACAGCAAAUAUACCUCAGAAGACGUUCCUGGAGAAAGAGAUAGUCCCGGAUUGGAAAAGAACGAAGACAGUCAGCAGGACCAACCGGAAAACUUGUCUAAUAAAAGUACGUCUGACAUUGGUCACUUUUCUUUUACACCCGAUCCUCGAUUGCCUCCUCCUGUCCACUUCCCAGAAAUAGUCUCCCCCACUAGUAGCACUUCUUCCGGUAGCAUUCACAGGGGUUUUCUAUCCCAAGAACCCGAUCCUAUUAAAGACCCGGCCAUUUAUUCCAGUCUUCUGCCCAGGCCUGGUAGUACGGAUAACUCGUGGGAAAGCCUCAUCGAAAUAACAAAGACAUCCGAAACCCACAAGUUGCAACAACUAGUCGACAAUAUAGAAAAUAAAAUGACUGAUCCAAAUCAAUGUGUUAUCUGUCACAGGGUACUCUCCUGUAAGAGUGCCCUACAAAUGCACUAUCGGACUCACACGGGUGAGAGACCUUUCAAGUGCAGAAUCUGUGGACGUUCUUUCACUACCAAAGGUAACUUGAAGACCCACAUGGGCGUGCACAGGGUUAAACCUCCGAUGAGAAUGCUACACCAAUGUCCUGUAUGUCACAAGAAGUUUACUAACAGCCUUGUACUUCAACAACACAUAAGGCUUCACACGGGUGAGCCCACGGAUUUGACACCCGAGCAAAUCCAGGCGGCAGAAAUCAGAGAUUUCAUCCCUCAGAUACCUUCUUCCGAACAACAUUUCAGACCUUUUCAAUUCCCCCAACACCUAACUAUCCCAAGGGACCCGCCCUCUCUUCCAGGCCUAGAUGUCCCGCCGAGGUCACCAUCACCACAGUAUAACCCUCAGGAGGAGGACAAACCCGACUACCUUGAGGAGAGCCGUGCGAGUAGCGUCAGUCCUAUUUCAGACGCGGCUUUCUCCACUUCCAUUACCGCCCUCGAGAACCAAGUUCGAACUAUCACUACCAUUGCAUCCCAUUAUACCCCAUCCAAAUUUGCAACUGAUUCUGUUGAAGAUUUAUCUAGUAACAAAGACAAUAUUACAGUGAACGGAGAAAAGUCACCUGGAUCAAGAGGACUAGACAGCCCUAGUGGAUCUGAAGGACCACUAACCCCAUCACCACUGCAUCCCAGUAAUUCCGCCUUACACUUACACAGACAUCCGACAAGCCCUUCACCGGCGUCGGAAUCGUCUUCUCUGGGAGCCUUGGAUCUCACACCCAGAUCGGGCGGACCGCCUCCAGGAUUAUUUACCGGAUUCGGUAUAAUGCCUCCUGGAUCGAUGGCAUCGUCCUCGCCACUAAUUACAUCUGCGUUGUCCUCUCUGACAUCUUCUGUGCUGACGACGACGGCGUUCAACCCACUAGGAUUGGCGGUUGGUCCACCAGGUAAACUACCAGGUCGGGGCAAUACGACAUGCAACCUGUGCUUCAAGACGUUUGCGUGCAAUUCCGCCCUCGAGAUCCACUACAGGAGUCAUACAAAGGAAAGACCUUUCAAGUGCAGCAUUUGCGACAGAGGAUUUUCAACAAAGGGGAACAUGAAACAGCACAUGCUGACCCACAAAAUACGAGACAUGCCAGCGCACCUGUUUGAACAGAAAAACGGCGGAAGCGGCUCGUCUGGGCCUGUUACCAGCGUGAGCGGUAUGUCUCAGCAGCCGAGAGAGCCGCUGCAGUCUCAGCAAUCUCAGAAUCAGUCGCAGCAAACCCAACCGCCACAACCGCCGCAGCAGCAGCAAUUAUCGGCUCAGCCGCAACAGCAACAAACACCUCCUCAGCAGCAGCCGCUUCAACCGUCUACACCCGUUAUACCCCAGCCGCUCAAUCACCAGCAGCCGCAGCAGUCUCAGCAACAGCAACACCAAAUGGCCAAUCCUCAUCUUCACCACCACGACGAAAGGCCGAGCGGGGAACUCAGUCCAAUCCCGCAUCAUCACAAACCGGAAUUGGGUGUCAAAAGGUCUCCUCCACAAGGAGACACGCCUUCCAUGCCACUACCGAAGAGACAGCCAAGCUUGCCCAAGCACUUGUGCCAUGUUUGCAAUAAGAACUUCUCCUCAUCGUCUGCUCUCCAGAUCCAUAUGCGGACCCAUACUGGAGACAAGCCGUUCCGAUGUUCCAUCUGCCUCAAGGCUUUCACUACCAAGGGAAACCUCAAGGUGCACAUGGGUACACAUAUGUGGAGCAACGGAGCGUCACGGCGAGGGAGGAGAAUGUCAUUAGAAAUCCCUCCUCUUCCAAAGGACUCGGAGUUCCUCCAGAGAAGGCCAGAUUUCUUCUACCCAUACCUCCCGGCGCCAUUCCUUAAUGGCAUCCACCAAAAACUUUCGGAAAUGCCGAUGGCUGGAAGUGGAGGUGGCCAUAACGGGAUGAUGUCCUACUGCGGUUUCCCUGGGGAGCUUAAGGCUGAGCCGAGAUCACCGGAGAAAACGUCGCACCAAGGUGCAACACCUCCUUCACUCUGGGAUCUACAUUUGAAGCAAGACAGCCACCACACUGAAGAAACCUCUCCACCUCCUAGUAUGCCGCCUCCAAGAGGAGAAGGGCUCGCAGCAUGAUAUCUGCCCUAUGCCCCCAAGCCAUAGGCCCCCUCCUGACAUAUCACAUCCAAAUUCUUAUUUAGGGGUAUCCUAUAGUGACUUAGAAAGUGUAGUAGCUUCUACUAUACGGAUAUUGGGCGUGCUUGUGUGUUGUGCCGUGCGAGUUCAUAAUACAUAUCUUGUCCAAACGUCAUGUGAUUACUUAAUAGUUUUAUCGAUUGCACGAGAAGUUUGAGACUCAGAGAAACAGAAAAAAAAGACAGAGGUGUGAGUGUGCGGCUGCAAUGUUCCUAUUUUGAAACUAGUCUUAAAGUUGAUCAUGAAAGUUUGGAGAUAAACAAGGAGCUGGACUGAUGAUAAAAUUAAAUAAAAUAGGUAUUUAAAAGAAGAUGUAUAUUAUUAUAAAGUAAAUGUCAUUUAUUAUAAUUAUACAAUUAUUUAAUAUCAAGGUGACCUCUGUAUUUUAUCUCUUCUUGGACUGUUUUGACGGUUGACUGGGGCAUUGCGUUUAAUAUUAGCGGUUAUUUAUAUAUAACGGUAAUGUAUUGUUGAUUUUAUUUAUUGAAAUUCUGCUGAGAUAUUGCAGAUAAUAAGGGCAUGUUAUGUUUAAUUUACAAUGGGGCUAGUAAAGUGAUAACAAGUUCCAUAUUUAUUCACCUGUGAUAAAAGGCGUAAACAGAAAAACGAUUAUUUUGUAUUGUUUAACGUACAGAAAAAUCAGUUAUCGAGACCAAGGAAUUAAUUUCUAAAAGUGAAAUGACAUGAAAGUUUUUAAAGUGUAUUUGUUGUCAGUAGAGUUCAUAAAAGUUCUUUGUUGUGUUUGCCCAAAUGUUUCCAAAUAUUGUACAUUUUGUAAAUUAAUGUGUAUAAUAUGAAGACAAAUGAUUUUUGAUUUAAUAUUAGUGAUGUCCUCAACUAUUAUGUAGUAAAAACAAUUUCUUUUGUAGAAUACGAUUAUAUCAAUGAUAAGAUGAUGUAUAUUACAUGAAAAGCAAACAUUGUAUUAUUAGUGUAUAGUGAAAAACUGAAAUAAUUAUGUUUACUAUAAUUAUUACAUGUAGUAAUUACAAAUGUAAGUCGCACAUAUAUGCCUGCCUAAAUUAGUAAUGGUAUCCUUUUUAAUUUGGUAUUCAUUCAUUCGUUUAAUAUUAUUUUAAAUAAUGUAGGUACAUACUAUUUUAUAUGUGUGACAAUUGUAUGUCUAAUACUCCAUAAUUAUAUCGAUGUAAUAUUUAUCCUACAUGACAAACACCACAUGUAAGAACUGUAUCACCAUCGUUACCUGAUGUCUUUUUAUUUCCACAAAUUAUAUUAAAUUUUCUAAAUUAUUUUGUAUAUAAUGUAUAUGUACUAGGUAGU